ACCGGAGUGCCCGGAGGAAACCCACGCAGGGGCACGGGGAGAACAAGCAAACUCCACACAGGCUGUUCUGGGAUUGAACAUGGGACCUCAGAAUUGUGAGGCAAAUGCUGAAUCACCGUGCCGCCCUGUUCACCCAAAAGCAGCAAUGGGCCGAUUGAAAAUAAAAAAAAAAGUGGAGGACGCGGCCACCAAGCUAAACUGCCCCCCGACCUCUGAGCGGGUGGCGGCGUUGUUGGACGACGAUGAUGAGUUAAGACACCUUCGUGAGAACUUUAUAGUGCCCAAAAUAGCAGAUUUACCUUUCUUGGACAAGUCGCUGGUAGAUGGCAGCAAAGAUUGCAUCUACCUGGUGGGCAACUCGUUGGGCCUGCAGCCCAAAACCGUCAAGAAGUACCUGGAGGAGGAGGUGGACAAGUGGGCCAAAAUGGGUGCACACGGACAUAUAGAGGGGUCACGACCAUGGGCCUGGGCUGAGAACCACCUGGAGAAGCUCAUGGGAAAAAUUGUCGGGGCGAAAGAAGAAGAGGUGGCGCUGAUGAACGGCUUGACGGUCAAUUUACAUUUGCUGAUGCUUUCCUUCUACCAACCAACGGCUGCACGGCACAAGAUAAUUCUGGAAGACAAAGCCUUCCCUUCGGAUUACUAUGCGGUCGAGUCUCAGAUCCGAUUACGAGGAUUUGACCCCGAGCAGAGCAUGGUGCUACUGAAGCCCAGACCAAGGGAGGAGACGCUGCGAACAAAGGACAUCCUCAAUCUGAUCGAGAAAGAUGGCGACUCCGUGGCUUUAGUGAUGCUUAGCGGAGUUCAGUACUACACCGGUCAGCUCUUCAACAUGGCUGCCAUAACCAAGGCCGCCCAGAAAAAUGGCUGCUUGGUGGGCUUCGAUCUGGCUCACGCAGCAGGAAAUGUUGACCUGAAACUGCACGAGUGGGGAGUGGACUUUGCUUGCUGGUGCUCUUACAAGUAUUUAAACUCUGGUUGUGGUGGGAUCGCAGGGGCAUUCAUCCAUGAGAAACAUCAAAGCACCAUCAAACCUGCGCUGACAGGCUGGUGGGGUCAUGAUUUGAAAACACGUUUCCAAAUGAACAAUGUGUUGGAGCUCCAGCCUGGAGUGAAGGGCUUCAGAUUAUCUAACCAGCCUGUUCUUCUAGUGUGUCCCCUGCAGGCCAGUUUGGAGGUUUUCAACAAGACCAGCAUGCAGGCGCUACGCAAGAAGUCCGUGCUGUUAACAGGCUACUUAGAGUAUCUAAUUACCCACUACUAUAGCAAGGAUUCCAAAGACCUGUGCAAACCUCACAUGCGGAUCAUCACGCCCCAUGACCCGAGCCAGAGAGGCUGCCAGCUGUCACUUUGCUUCUCCGUGCCCAUCGACAAAGUCUUCCAGGAGCUGCAGAAGAGGGGUGUGGUUUGUGACAUGCGUCACCCAGAUGUGUUGCGCAUCGCACCGGUCCCUCUCUACAACUCCUUCAGCGACGUCCAUCGCUUCAUCGAAUGUUUGAGAGAGGCAAUCGCCGCUAGCUGCCAAUGGGCCACCACCGAACUGACACAGUCAAAAAGUCAAACAAAUUGUGUCUAAAAAAAAAAAAAGUUUCUUUUUUUCUCAAAGGAGUUGUUUGGCCUUUUUUUUUUUUUUUUUUAAACUUUGUUUGGGGACGACAAUAAAUGUUCAGCAAUCCAAAGGCUUUGAACAGAAGAAAUGAUUUUAACUGUUGACAAGCAACAUACUGUAA